AUGGCAUCUCUCAACCGCUUCCGGCGGAGCAAGUCCAAGGCGAAGGAGAGGCCCAAGAAAGAACCCGCGACACCCGAAGACACGGUUCGCGUCGACUACCCGUACAUUGGCGCGCACCUCGAUCGCGAGCGCUCGGCCGUGCCGCCCCCGCCCGAGCAUGCAUACACGCACGGGCUCCCAGACCCGCACUUGCCUUUGCCCCCACACAACGUACAGUGGCAAGUGGCACACAGUCCGUUGGAUGUCCGAGCCAGGCCACACCGUUCACGCACGGACCCCGACGCCGACCCCACGCCCGUCACUCCACCGAGCGACGACUCCGGAGCCUCUCAGCCCGCGCCGGGAAAUGCCACGUUCGCCCUCGAGGAGGAGGACCGUGCGUCCCGGGAGAUCUCUCCUGCGCCCGAAGCAGAUGCACCGCGGUCAUCGACAUGCUCGUAUUCGGAGAGUGACGAACAACAGACACUGCGCGAACGUCGAGCCCCUCCUUGCGCCUUGUUGCCGCGUCCGCCGAGCGACCUGCCUACGUCCUCCCCUAUCAUCUACACGUCCUCACGGCGCUGUGCGGGUCUCGGAUUUGUUUGA